GCACAGGUUGUGACGUGCAAGACUCCAGCGGCUGUGGGCUACCACGUCAAGGAGUCCUCCUUGGACGCUUGGCACAUCCUGAGUCGCAGUGAAGCGCGGCGUGCCGCCCAUGCGGAGACCACUUCCACGGCACUGCGAAGGCACGGCGAGCUGAACGGAAGUUUGAUCGUGACGUUCUGCGCACGGCCAACGCUCCGACACUGCAACGCAGCCACGCUGCAGGUGAAGCCCUGCGAGGAGGACGGCCUUCCUUACGAAAUGUACAACUUUGCAGUGGAUGCCGAGUGCGCCUGGGGCUACGAGGGCACUCCUGUGGCACAAGUUUGCGACGGCGCCAACAAGCCAUAUACGCUGGACGCUCGUCACAAGUCCUAUGUGUUGGUCAUGUCGGAUUUUUGA